CAUCUAUUUCUAUUUUGACAGACGACAAAGGCUUGUCUUCUUCUUCUUCGGGCAAAUUGUCAUUUGGCUUUGCAAUUUGUUUUGUUUCGCGCGCGUCUAAUUCUUACAAGCUCUUUUUAUUAAGCAUUUUAAAGUUUUACCAAUGGAAAUUGAUGAAAUUUUAAUUGAGGAAGUGCGCCAGCGCCCAGUAAUAUACGAUUUGGGCCUGGAAGAUUAUAAAAAUCUGCGAAAGAAGGACUUCGCCUGGAGGGAGGUCGCUUCAAAUGUUCAUUUAGACGAGGCAAUGUGCAAAAAGCGGUGGAAGGGGCUGCGAGACUGCUAUAAACGCUGCAAAAGAAUGGAGCUGUCCACAUCAGGAAGCGGUGCUGAAACUCCUCGGCGUAAGUGGAGGUAUUUGGAGGCGAUGUCUUUCCUGGACAAUGUUACAAGCACCAGAACAACAAUUGGAAGCAUACCCGAGGAGCUUGUAGUUAUUGACGAAGAAAGCUCCACAGCGGCAGAAACACCGCCGUCUAGUUCACGGGUACGAAAGGUAAGAUUAUUUUGAUUUUGAUUAGUUUCGUAGAAGUGGGUUUCCUACGUAGCUAGUGGCACUAGCGCCGGUCAUCUUAAACUUUUCCAGUUGUUAACAGUGUCCAGUGUCGUCAGUGUCCAGAAUUACAAAUAUAACUCGUAUCGACCCUAUCACCAGUGUCCAAAGUAACCAUUUUGUGGAUGUUGGUUGUUUCCUAAUUGAGAAUUUGUAAUAUACAUAUACAUAUGUAGGUACAUAUAUGUAUGUAAGUAAAAGGAAUUUCGUCUGAAUUGCUGCAUAUACUUUCCUCCGCUUGUUGUAUAGAGAACU